GCAGGCAUAUUUUUACUCCUCGGUGACACUAUAUAAAGGAACAAUUGGCAUUGUGUAUGCUGGCUGGCUAGUUGGCACAGAAGGGGCAGAAGGAACAGCAACACCAUGUCUCCAAAAAAGGCAAAGAAGAAGACAGAAGGAGGUGGUUCCAAUGUAUUCUCCAUGUUCGAUCAAACCCAGAUUCAGGAGUUUAAAGAGGCUUUUACCAUCAUGGAUCAGAAUAGAGAUGGCUUCAUUGACAAAGCAGACCUGAGAGAUACAUUUGCUGCAUUGGGUCGCUUGAAUGUCAAGAAUGAAGAGCUAGAAGCCAUGGUGCAGGAAGCUCCAGGUGCCAUUAACUUCACUAUUUUCCUGACUAUGUUUGGUGAAAAACUGAAAGGCACGGACCCAGAAGAGACCAUUCUGAAUGCUUUUAAGAUUUUCGACCCAGAAGGAAAAGGCCACAUAAAGGCAGACUACAUCAAAGAAAUGCUUAUGACACAGGCAGACCGAUUCAGUCAAGAAGAGGUCAGCCAGAUGUUUGCUGCUUUCCCUCCAGAUGUCUCCGGUAAUCUUGACUAUAAGAACCUUUGUUAUGUUAUCACCCAUGGUGAGGAGAAGGACUAAGAGGAGAUGAGCUUCUCCUCUGAAGAGAUUUUAUGCUUAGUUAUUUCCCUGUGCUUUUGUAUGGGGGACAGAGAGCUAAGCAUUCAACAUGCUGAAGCCAUAUGGUCAUCAGAGCAGAACCAAUAAAACAAUUGAAAUUAGAUUAAAGUUAUUUAAUGCUUCUGUUUUUAGAAAAGCUGAAAAUACCAAUUUUCUUAGUUUUGCCCAUCCCCUUUUUUUCCCAGCAGUGGUUUGAAGUGGAAUUUUCUUGACGAACUGGUACUUUCAUGAUUUGACAGUUCUAAUGUUCACCAGAUGGUCCACUGGGCAGUGCAGUGUUGCUUAACCUUUUGUCUUUUAUACAUGAGCUCCACAAACUCAUUGAGAAAUGCUCUAACUUAUUGCAUUGGGAAGAGCAUUUUGUAAAUAGAAUUCUGUUCCAUUUCACAGCCCCUUACAAUGAAAGUGUAAAUAAAAAAAAUAAGUUUUUGUCUUC